GUUCAGCAUCCCUGAGAACGUGUAAGUGCUGGUUCCAUCGGCUCGGCUCGGAAACAUCCAACGACAUGGACCGUGACCACCGGCGUGGGCCCCCAUGAUGCCCGGGACGACAAACGUUCUUGACCUGGAAUAUCUGCCGGGGGACGUCGUUGUAAAUGUUUUAUUUGCCUAUUUAUUGCAACAUCUUUACCUCCUUUUCUUCAGUCGGUAGAAAAAACUUCUUCAUACCAAUAUUCUUUUCAACCCUGAUAGCUCAAAGCCGGAGGCUACACUGACAUUUUUCUCAACAACUAAGCCACCUUCAUAUUGCUUGCUCACUUACCUCUACCAUGUCCACUACUACCACUACCACGACAACCACCGCCUUUGCGGUUGACAAAGAGGCAAAAGAGCGGCAGGUUGCCACCAAGUUUGAGACCAAAGACCUCGUGACUUUUGAUGAAAACACCGUCUAUGGCGACUGGAGAGACGAGUUCCACAAGAACGGCUGCGUCUUGAUCAAGGGAGCCAUCACCCCUGAGAAGGCCAAAUACUAUGCCGACAAGCAAAUCCAAUGGCUGAAGAACUUUGAGCUUGGUUUCGACGAGAAUGAUCCAAACACAUGGACCGCCGAGCACCUGCCCGUCAGCUUCAAGGGUGGCAUGUAUUUUGCAUACGGAUCUACCCACGAGAAGAUGGCAUGGGAAGCUCGCAGCGAACCCGCCAUUAUUGACAUCUUCACCAAGCUCUGGGGCACCAACGAGCUUAUCACCUCGUUUGAUGGCAUGAACAUCUCUCUUCCAAACCGCAAAGAUCUCAACUGGAGCCCAUGGCCUCACUGCGAUCAGAACCCUCGCCGCAAGGGCAUGCAAGCCGUCCAGGGUCUGCUCAACUACUCUCCCAACGGCCCCAAGGACGGCGGUCUCAUGCUCAUGAAGGGCUCUGCCAAGCUUUUCAACGAGUUCUUCUCACACAAGCGCGAGUCGGCCGACCAUGAGGACGCCCCGCCUCCUGAGCUCGAGUACAUGGACCUCUUCCUCUUUAGCGAAAAGGACCUCAAGUGGUUCGAGGAGCGCGGCUGCGAGAUGUUCAAGGUCGACAUGGAGCCCGGUGACUUUGUGCUGUGGGACUCGAGGACCAUCCACUACGCCCGUCUCCCCGAGGGCAACCAGAUCCGCAACGUUCAGUACAUCUGCAUGACGCCGCGAAAGUUUGCCGAGCCAGAGGCCCUCGAGGCCAAGAAGUACUGCUUUGAGAACUAUAUCGGCACCACCCAUUGGCCGCACUGCAACAUCAGGGUCGUGACCGACAAGCCCAUGAGGAAUGGGGAGGUGUGCCCCAAGUACAGGACGGAACCGUUUGAGAAGCCAGAAAUCAACGAAACUGUUCUGAAGCUGGCUGGUGUUAAACCAUACAACUAACAUGUUGUUGGCCUUGUUUGGUUUUUUUUUGGUUUUUAAGCCUGUACAUUUGAAAUGCCAUCAUUUGUUUACCUAUAUAUGUUUGAUCCUUUGGUGGUGAGUGCUACAACUAGAAAGGUUAUUCAACACCUGAGGAAUAAUGACGAAUAUCUUUCUGUUCAGUUUCGGUUGCCUAAGCAUCGUCUCGGCAUGCGCCCACGAGUAUUAAUAUAUCGGCCCUUUGCCCUGUAGCUGCUACUUUAUAGCCCUAGCGGAUUUAAAUAGUUCCAGCUAUUAUCAGCUACACAUCAAACGGUGUAUGCUUUUUUAAGCAACAGGUGAUGAUAUUCCUGGAGUGGUUCCAUAUAAUCAUUAUGCUCCAGUGCCGAGGUACUUGUCCAAAUCGACGUUGCUAUAAAGUUGCUGGCGCAGGCGCUCAGUCUUCUUCCGGUCCUCCUCCGCUUUUUUGCGAACCUUUCCAGCAUCAAGCAGCUUCGGCUUAGGUUCAGAUUUCUUCUCCUUCUUACCAUCUUCAGACUUGACAUCAAUCCCCAGGCCUGCGUUAUCUUCUCGGACAGUCCCCUUGAGCGGAUAAACAAUGCCCUGAGCAUCGGCGCCUAGGCCUUUACGUGAAUCCGGGUCCCAUCCGUACGAUCUGAGGUAGGUCAGGCCCAUGCGAGAUCUAUCCAGGGCGGAGGGUGGAUGUGAGUGCUGGAGGCUGAGCUGGUGCGCCAUCGUCGUCUGGUGCUGGCGAUGGUCUUGCUCUGUGGUGCCUACCGAAACCUUGCACGUCUCGCAGAAUAUUUUCGGCGGACCAUCGGUUGCAUCCCCGUCUUUGGUCUCGGACGCGGGCUGUGUCUUGGCUUUCCCCAUGACGAUGCUGAGGUAUGCAUCUGCGGCGGACUGACCGGCCUGGGCCGAUGCUAAAGAUGGCUCCGAUGCGACAGACUGCAGAGCCGACGAUGCGGGAACAAAUUUGACGGGUUCCAUGCGGAUGCCGCUGCCAAAGGGCCGCCUUUGGUGGAGGGGCACAUCAUCUUCAUCCUCGUCGUCUCCGACUGCUGCAUCCCGGCGCGUUUGAGUCAUGGUGACCUUUUUUUGACCUUUUUUUUUUUUUCUCCGUCUAGGCGUGAAAAUGAAAGUACUACCUCGGGGAAAACACCAUGGUGGAGACUGGGCGCAAUAAGGAUCUAGGAAGAUUGAU